AUGGGAUGUGGGCAUGCAUUUAUUUUGCGGCUGUAUGCUUGUUCUUUUUUUUUUUUUUUUUUUUCAAACCAAACCAAAGCAAUUCAAGGCGUCUUUUCUUUGAAGUUCAUAUUGCGGUUGUGUGCACUUUACAAAUAUACAUACGACUUUUUUUUUUUUUUGCUUGCGGUGUUAUUUCCAGUUUCAUUUUUCUUUUUUUUUUUCUUUUUUUCUUUUUUCUAUGUCAGCCUCAUACUCUGGCUGGGCCAGCGUGUGCGAUAUCACUUUGCACCAUCCGGAGUGCGGGAGAGGAUGGAAGGAAACUUCCUUCGGCCUGCAACAGGGAUGCAACAGGCAAAAACAGUAGAGGAUGAAACCAACCAACCGUUGUCGAAGGGUGUGGAAUUGAUGACUUACGACUCUUAUGACUUUGGCAUGCUUGCCAUCGAUGUUGUUCUUGGGGAUGGAACACGAUGUAUGCUGGAUUUUUCUGAGAGCCUUUACCUUGGUCGCCUGCUGUCAAUGAGACCUCCCGUGGUCUUUUCAUUUGGCUCAGCGACGGCAAUGCGGGAACUAGAGAAAAUUGUCGCGCUUCUCCAUGGCACUCGACACACGGGGUCAAGUUAUGCCACAGAUGAAUGCGACAGUGGAUUAAAAAACGCAACGAUGAGGAGCCAUGGGAUGGCCGACGCGGCAGCUGGCAUGGGGAUGUCAGCCUCUGCCGCACCUCCUGUAGAGCUAUCAGCCAGUGACAGGAUUGCUGUUGUGCGUGCCCACGUACGUCAGAUGUCGGAAAAUCGGAGGCUUUUUAUGGAUGUGCUUGAGCUUGCGACACGACUGGAGAUGGAAGAGACAUUUCCACUUCUUUGUGAAGAAUUUAGUUUUAUUUUUGAGAAUGAGGUGCGAGGUAAAUUCACCAAAAGCCUUUUUUUGUUACAAGAGCUGGGAGGUUCUGGGCAGAUGGCAAUCAAGACAUUUCGGAAGAUUGUCAUGCGGGCGUUUGCACUGGAUGGUGGUGUUUCUCCAGUUCCGGCCACACGGGAUGAACAACGUCAACCGAGGCCCUCCAAUUGCGAUGAGGUGGCUCAUCAUUGGUUGAAGCAGUUGAGGGAAGACCAUUACUUUUUUCCCGGGGGGCAGCUGAUAGGCGACCUGACACAGUCUGUAGACCCGGAGGCUUCUGUGUGGCGUGAUGAGACACCUUUUGGAGAUGAAUUUACCCCCAGCUUUCAGCGAUAUCCGUUUCAUAGUCCGGUGUGGGAGCCGGGGGAUACAGCAAAGACGUGUCCUGUCUGCGGCAUGAUCUUUGCAUCAUGGUCAACGUUAUCACUCAAUACGGUUCGACCGAGUCAUUGUCGAUGCUGUGGCAGGCGCAUCUGUGCACGAUGCACCUCAUGGCAGCUGGAUAAGUCUAUAGCAAAGCUGAACAAGCCUGGAGUGCCGGAGGAGGGUCAGCUUCGACGUGCCUGUAAAGAAUGCUUUGACAAGGCGGAAAAGCUGAAUAAGCAUGCGUUUUUGUGUGAGAUAUUUGUCCUUGCGGGCCUAACUUUGACAGAAAUAGCUCUCCUACGUUCUAUUAAUCCACAUUGGAAAGGAGCAUCAGAGCUGUGCCUUAGCGACUAUAGAUCUUCGCUCUACCACACGCCUC